CUAGCUCCUCCGUUCAUUAGGGUUACGAAAAUCGGCGGUAGCAGAAGAAGAAAAGAAAAUGCAGAUCUUCGUGAAAACAUUGACCGGGAAGACAAUCACGCUCGAGGUUGAAUCGAGCGAUACGAUCGACAAUGUCAAGGCUAAGAUCCAGGACAAAGAAGGAAUUCCACCGGACCAGCAGCGGUUGAUCUUUGCCGGAAAACAACUGGAAGAUGGCAGGACUCUUGCCGAUUACAACAUCCAGAAAGAGUCUACGCUUCAUUUGGUUUUGAGGCUUCGUGGUGGUAUUAUUGAACCGUCGUUGAUGGCUUUAGCCAGGAAGUAUAAUCAGGAUAAAACUAUCUGCCGCAAAUGCUAUGCUCGUCUUCAUCCUCGUGCUGUCAACUGUAGGAAGAAGAAAUGUGGUCACAGCAACCAGUUGAGGCCGAAGAAGAAGAUCAAGUAGAUGAAAAUGCUAUGGUACUUUCUAUUGAAAUAUGUUUUAAUUGUGAACCAUUUUUGAAUGUUUGUUGAGUACUUUGACCCUCUUUGAUGAUUUUGAUCAGCUAUUGCGACAUAUCUUUGAUGUUUUAUUGUUGAUUGGCUUUAUAACACUCGUACGAAUGGAAUUAGUCGA